AGUUGCUAGAAUAAACCAAUGGGAUGCUAGUAGCCUUGUGCGACCAAAAGCUGGGACUGCCGGGCUCAAGUCUCCGCGUCUCCACCCGGCCACUCUUUUUGGAUCUGCAAUGGCGGAACAGCAGCAAUUCUACCUCUUGCUGGCUAACCUGAUGAGCCCUGACAACAACGUUAGGAAACAAUCAGAGGAGACCUACGAUGCAAUCCCUGGACAGACAAAAAUCACGUUCCUGCUUCAGGCUGUCAGAGAUCCAUCUGCUGCAGAGGAGGUCAGACAGAUGGCAGCAGUGCUUCUCCGACGGCUCUUGUCAUCGUCCUUUGAAGAGAUCUACCCAGGCCUCACACUUGACAUGCAGACAGCCAUCAAAACCGAACUUCUGACCAGCAUCCAACAGGAGACUUCAGCAAAUAUCUGCAAGAAGGUCUGCGACAUUGCAGCAGAGCUCUCUCGUAACCUUAUUGAUGAUGAUGGGAACAACCAGUGGCCAGAGGUGCUCAAGUUCCUUUUUGACUCUGUCAAUUCAGACAAUGUGGGCCUGCGAGAAGCUGCACUGCACAUAUUCUGGAACUUCCCAGGAAUCUUUGGCAACCAGCAGCAGCAUUACAUGGAUGUAAUCAAACGAAUGCUUGUUCAAUGCCUGCAGGAUCAAGCAAACCCUCAGAUCCGCACGCUGGCUGCUCGGGCUGCAGCAUCUUUUGUCCUGUCUAAUGAAGGCAACUCUGCCUUGCUUAAGCAUUUCUCUGACUUACUGACAGGCAUCCUACAGGCAGUGAAUGAGUCCUGCUACCAGGGAGAUGACUCAGUCCUCAAGUCUUUGGUUGAAAUUGCAGACACGGCACCUAAAUAUCUGAGACCAAACUUGGAGGCCACUCUGCAACUCUGCUUGAAGCUCUGCGCAGAUAGCAACUUACCAAACAUGCAGAGACAGUUGGCACUGGAAGUUAUUGUCACCUUAUCAGAGACAGCAGCAGCUAUGUUGAGGAAACACACUGCUAUUGUGGCUCAAAGUGUGCCCCAGAUGCUGGCUAUGAUGGUCGACCUAGAAGAGGAUGAGGACUGGGCCUUGGCUGAUGAAUUGGAAGAUGAUGAUUUUGACAGUAAUGCCGUCGCAGGAGAAAGUGCUCUCGACAGAAUCGCCUGUGGACUGGGAGGAAAGAUAAUUUUGCCUCUAAUCAAGCAGCACAUCAGGCAAAUGCUGCAGAACUCUGACUGGAAGUACCGUCAUGCUGGGCUGAUGGCGCUAUCAGCCAUUGGCGAAGGCUGCCACCAGCAGAUGGAGGCCAUCCUAAAUGAGACUGUCAUCUCUGUACUGCACUUUUGCGCAGACCCACAUCCAAGGGUGCGGUACGCUGCCUGCAAUGCUAUUGGACAAAUGGCCACAGAUUUUGCACCAACAUUCCAAAAGAAGUUUCAUGAUAAGGUGAUCUCUGCACUGCUUCAGACCAUGGAUGACCAGAGUAACCCCCGAGUGCAGGCACAUGCCGCUGCUGCUCUCAUCAAUUUCACAGAAGACUGUCCCAAAUCUCUGCUCAUACCUUAUCUGGAAAGCUUGGUGCAGCACCUUCAUGUGAUCAUGGUAGCAAAGUUGCAAGAGUUAUUCCAGAAGGGCACCAAACUGGUCCUGGAGCAGGUUGUGACCUCCAUUGCGUCUGUGGCGGACACCGCGGAGGAGAAGUUUGUGCCAUACUACGACUUGUUCAUGCCCUCACUUAAACACAUUGUGGAAAUCGCUGUGCAGAAGGAGCUACGCCUACUUCGGGGCAAGACGAUCGAAUGCAUCAGCCUCAUUGGUCUAGCUGUUGGGAAGGAGAAGUUCAUGCCAGAUGCCUAUGCUGUCAUGCAGCUGCUUCUCAAAACUCAGACUGACUUCAAUGACUUGGAUGACGAUGAUCCACAGAUCUCAUACAUGAUCUCAGCCUGGGCUAGGAUGUGCAAGAUCCUGGGGAAAGAGUUUCAGCAGUACCUACCAGUGGUAAUGGGUCCCUUAUUGAAGACUGCCUCCAUUAAACCUGAGGUGGCGCUCCUUGACACUCAAGAUAUGGAGAACAUAUCAGAGGAUGACGGCUGGGAGUUUGUCAACCUUGGAGACCAGCAGAGUUUCGGCAUCAAGACCGCCGGCCUGGAGGAGAAGUCCACUGCUUGCCAGAUGCUGGUGUGUUAUGCCAAAGAGCUGAAGGAAGGUUUUGUAGAGUACACUGAGCAAGUGGUGAAGCUGAUGGUUCCUUUACUCAAGUUCUACUUCCACGAUGGUGUGCGAGUGGCGGCCGCGGAAUCCAUGCCCCUACUGUUAGAGUGCGCUCGGGUGCGGGGACCAGAGUACCUCACCCAAAUGUGGCUCUUUAUGUGCGACGCCCUCAUCAAGGCUAUUGGCACAGAACCAGACUCUGAUGUCCUGUCGGAAAUUAUGCAUUCUUUUGCCAAGUGCAUUGAGCUAAUGGGAGAUGGCUGUCUGAACAACGAGCAUUUUGAGGAGUUGGGUGGCAUUUUGAAAACCAAACUGGAGGAACAUUUUAAAAACCAAGAGCUGAGGCAGGCUAAGAGACAAGAUGAAGAUUAUGAUGAGCAGGUGGAGGAAACCUUGCAAGAUGAGGACGAGAAUGACGUGUACAUACUGACCAAGGUGUCGGACGUCCUGCAUUCUGUUUUCAGUUGUUACAAAGAGAAGGUGCUCCCUUGGUUUGAACAGCUCCUCCAGCUCAUUGUCCAGCUCAUAUGUCCAAACAGGCCGUGGGCUGACAGGCAAUGGGGACUGUGUAUUUUUGACGAUGUGGUGGAGCACUGCAGCCCAUCGUCUUUCAACUACGCAGAGUACUUCCUGCAGCCGAUGUUGCAGUCUCUAUGUGAUUCCAGCCCUGAAGUUCGGCAGGCAGCUGCCUAUGGUGUUGGUGUCAUGGCGCAAUAUGGAGGAGAGAACUACCGCCCGUUUUGCACAGAGGCCAUUCCCUUGUUGGUCCGAGUCAUUCAGGCAGCAGAUUCACACUCAAAAGAGAAUGUCAACGCCACAGAAAAUUGCAUCUCUGCCGUUGGAAAGGUCAUGAGGUUCAGGCCAGAGUGUGCAAAUGUCAAUGAAAUUCUCCCCCACUGGAUCAGCUGGCUACCCCUCAAUGAAGAUAAAGAGGAGGCUGUCCACACAUUUGACUUCCUAUGUGACCUAAUUGAAAGUAACAACCCUAUUCUCCUUGGACCAGACAACUCCAACCUACCCAAACUCUUCCUCAUAAUUGCUGACGGAGUAGCAAACGAAUCUGUGAAGAAUGAAGACGCUUGCAGUAAACGUCUGGCAAACGUGGUCCGUCAAGUUCAGGUGUCGGGAGGGUUGUGGUCUCAGUGUAUAGCGACACUAACUGAGACUCAACAGAAAGCUAUACAAGAUUUACUGAAUGCUGCCUGAGCCCCUGAAGAAAAGUUUACUUUUUCUCUCUCUCUCUCUCUCUCUCUCUCUCUCUCUCUCUCUCUCUCUCUCUCUCUCCUUCCUAUUAAUCUGCAUCUCUCACACACACACACUCACUCCUAUUAAUCUGCAUCUCUCUCUCUCACACACACACACUGCACUCAAUUGACUGGAGUAAAAGUGUAGAGCACCCUUGAUGUCAAGGACUUGACCCUCUCAUCUCUCUCUUAGCUAGAUGUUUUCCAAACAAUACUCUCAAGUGCCGCUGCCCAGAGAGACAGGGUGCGCUGCGUAGUUGAGUUGAAAUGUGGGCACUGAGUGUUAAAUGGGGGGUGGGGGGGGGGGCUAAUUGUUGUUCUUCCUGGGUAUGUGGAGAGAGAUGACCUGUCAGAAAGGUAUUUUCCAAACUAAAAGCAAACAUGUUUUAAGUGGCUGACUUCACUGUAUAUGGUUAAUUUCUUUCUUUGGAGACUGUCAAUUAAGCAGCUCUUCUCCCCCUUCCUCAAAAAAUCUAUAGCCUUUCGGAUGCUGUUCAGAUACUGUAAUUUCUCAAAGCACGUGAUCCCCAGAUGUACACAUGCAGGGACACAAAAGGCCUUGCAUAAUUUUGUCAGAAUUGUAAACCCACCAACUACCUUUAUCCAAAUUAUGUAAUGUGUGUUACCAAUGUAUAUACAAUGUUUCAUUUGGGUUGCUACUUGCAUUGCUACAUAAGACAGCUUGCAUCUCUAGAUGGGGGGGGGGCAUCCAGUGGGCUUUUCACCUGCUAUUAACGAGCGACUUGAUUCAUCAAACUCAAGAGGGGCGCUCAACGUCGUCGCCCUUUCCAUAGUCAGCCCUUUGUACUUGCCAAUCCCAAGAUCAACCUAGUACUUACCGUACUUAAAAUUCCAUGUCAGCACAUGUACACAGAACAGAAAUAAAUACAAAGCCUAAUAAAAUGUUUCAAUUUGAGAAUGUAUAGCAGGAACUUUGUGGUGUUGGUGUCAUAGGUAGGUUUUUCCUUAUGUUUUGGGGGUGUGUAUUAUAUAACAUGAGAAGCUAGACAUUUCUUUUUCUUUAAAUCCCCCAAAAAGGCAAAGCACCAUUUUUGGUAGCAUUGAGAUGGGGAAGAAAUAUAAAUCUCAUUCUAUAGUUGGUCCCUGCCGAUCAAGUUUAAGUCUAACUUGUGGAGUAACUGUGUGCAACCUUUUACAGCUCUGCAGAAUGUGAUAGAAUUUCACACACUGCUUACAAUAAAAUUCCAUUUGAGAAUU